AUGUCAACAGACCCUAUACCACCAGAGCGAAGGGGACAAAAGGCUGCAGCCCUGAGGGAGUCGACGGUUGCGGGGAUCAGGAUGUGCAAGUUUGGGUUGGUGUGUAGCUGCAUGCAGUUGAAUCCUGUCAUAGAGAUGCAAAGGCGGCUGCACGGAUUUACACUUGAAGGUGCCCUUCCGAGACGUAGAGGCUCCGGAGUUUUUUGUGCCAAUUGCCUGACCACAAAGACUUCUCUAUGGAGAAAGAAUGCAAAUGGAGGCUACGUCUGCAACGCAUGUGGCUUGUACCAGAAACUGCACUCGACUCCCAGGCCUUUGAACAUCAUUAAGCAGAACAAUGGCGAGCAGAUUAUCAGAAGACGGACAAGGAAACGCCUUAACCCAGAAGCACUGCAAACGGAACCAUUAAAUAAACAUCAAAGAGGAAGCAGCGAAGAACAAACUAAUGGAAGUCCUUUAGAGAGGAGGUCAGAGGAACAUUCAAUGGAAGGUCACCAGAGAGAAGCUCAGCAACUUGGUAUGAAUAAAUAUGAGUCCCCAUUUUCAUUGACUAAAAGCCAUUCUGCCCAGCAGACAAUAUUAGUCAGCCAAACCAUGGAUAUCCACAAAAGGAUGCAACCUUUGCACAUACAGAUUAAAAGCCCUCAGGAAAGCAGUGGAGAUCCAGGGAAUAUCUCAUCCGUCUCUGACAGCAAAGGCAGCUCAGAAAGAGGUAGCCCAAUUGAGAAGUACAUGAGACCUAUUAAGCAUCCAAAUUACUCCCCACCAGGAAGUCCCAUAGAAAAGUAUCAGUACCCACUCUUUGGACUUCCAAUCGUUCACAAUGACUUCCAGAGUGAAGCUGACUGGCUGCGAUUUUGGAGUAAGUAUAAGCUGUCUGUUCCUGGGAAUCCUCACUACUUGAGUCAUGUGCCUGGCCUACAAAACCCUUGCCCAAAUUACGUGCCUUAUCCCACCUUUAAUCUGCCUGCUCAAUAUUCCACUGUUGGAUCUGACAAUGACAUUCCUCUAGACUUGGCAAUGAAGCAUUCCAGACCUGGAUCUGCAUCCAGCGGGGCCUCGAAAGAAAAAACUCAGUCACCUUCUUUGAGUGCAAAGGAUGAUGGCCCGUUGAAUGUAGUAAAAACUGAAAGAGUGGAUCGAAGUACUCAAGAUGAACUUUCAACGAAAUGUGUGCACUGCGGCAUUGUGUUUCUGGAUGAAGUUAUGUAUGCUCUACAUAUGAGUUGCCACGGGGAAAGUGGACCUUUUCAAUGUAGUAUAUGCCAACAUCUUUGCACGGACAAGUAUGAUUUCACUACUCAUAUCCAGAGAGGUCUACAUAGGAACGUUGCACAAGCUGAAAAGAAUGGAAAAGCUAAAGAAUAAAAAAAAAUGUUAGCACUUAGCACAAUUAACUACAUUUGCAUUCUCUGAAUAGAAAUUCAGUAGCUUGUAAUUUCUGAAUACAGUUUGAAACUGUGGACGUUUCAUUUAUGUUCCUUUUGUAAUCGUAAUUAACGUAAGA